AUGGAGAAGUUUUCUUGUUUUGUCUUAUUUUUGCAGGCUCCUCCGGGGAAGGAGGUUAGUAAGGUACUGAGGAUUCAAGCUCUACGUUGCCAUCCUAUAUAUUGUGAGAAUGGGACAAGACUGAACGUAAUUCCAGUACUGGCAUCUCGUUCUCAAGCCCUCAGAUACCUGUGUGUUCGAUGGGGUUUUGAUCUGUCAAAGAUGGUGGUGUUUGUGGGAGAAUAUGGCGACAUAGAUUAUGAAGGACUGCUUGGUGGCUUACACAAAACUGUGAUAUUGAAGGGACUCGGAAGCGGUGGAAUUAGUCAACUCUAUAAUAGCAGAAGCUAUCCUCUUUCAGAUGUCAUGCCAUUAGAAAGUAGGAUAUUGAGUAGAGUAGUAGUGCUGACAUCCAGGCUUUGAUGGAAAAAGUAGGAUAUCUCAAGGGAUGAAAGUCAUUUGUGUUUUGUUAUGACUCUUAGGGAGCGUUUGGUACGCGGAAUUUUGAGAGAUUCUCAGAAAAUUGAAUUUUUCUAAAUUUUAAAUUUUCAGAUAUUAUCGUAAACUGAAUGCAAAAGUCAUAUUUUUGAAAAUCGAGAUUCCCGGACAAAUAAAUAUUUCUCCUGUACCAAACGCCCCCUUGUGGUCUUCUGUGAAACCUACUAAUAAUCUGAUAAUCUGACAUUUGUCCAUAAUGUUCAUAAUGCUCUUUUCCU